UACGAAAAUACCGUUUGUUUUGCCCCGUGUGCGGUUUUGUUUAUAACCGGGAAAGUUUGUUGUCGGCAGGAAAAUGCCGGUCCUUCGCCUGUACAAAACGCUUCAAAUUUCAUGAAAUAUUUUUUUGUUUUGAUAAUACCUUUGUGAUAGAUACUCCUUAGUUUUUGUCCUAGAAAACAGCACAAUGAGCAAAGUUGUGAAAGGUGAAAGCCGAGGCAAGAAGGUUAAAGGUUCCACGUCGUCUGCAUUCUCGGUUACUGACAGUGAAAGCAAUAUUUGGUGGUUUGUUUUUGGUGCAGUACUUGUGCUUACAUUUGGAACAAGGUUCUAUAAAGUAACUGAACCAGAUCAUGUAUGCUGGGAUGAAACUCAUUUCGGGAAGAUGGCUAGCUGGUACAUCAAUCGAACAUUCUUCUUUGAUGUACAUCCACCGCUUGGGAAGAUGCUUAUUGCUUUAUCUGGCUACAUGACGGGCUAUGAUGGCUCCUUUGCCUUUUCUAAUCCAGGAGAUAAAUACACUGAUGUCAACUAUGUUGGGAUGAGAGUCUUUUGUACACUGCUGGGAGCUGCUAUAGUCCCUUUCUGCUUUUGCACUGUAUGGGAAAUGACUCAGUCCCUUACAGCUGCUGCCAUCAGUGCUUCUCUAAUUUUGUUCGAUAUUGGAACCCUGACUUUGACUCAGUAUAUUCUACUAGAUCCAAUUCUGCUGUUCUUUGUGAUGGGAUCAGUGAUGGGUAUGGCGAAAUUCAACUCGUACAGUGACCAGUCCUUUUCAAAACCCUGGUGGUUCUGGCUCACAUUUACAGGCAUCAUGUUAUCCUGCUCCAUUUGUGUGAAAUUUGUUGGGCUCUUCAUUGUUGUGUUUGUGGGACUCCAUACUAUUUAUGAGCUCUGGGACAUACUUGGAGAUUUGACAAAGCCCAUUAGUUAUUCUGUGAAACACUUUCUUGCAAGAGCACUAUGCCUUAUUGUGAUACCUGCUAUGCUGUAUGCAUUCUUUUUCUACAUCCAUUUGUCGUUACUAAAUAAAAGUGGUCAUGGAGACGGUUUUUACAGUUCCGCAUUCCAGUCUCAACUAAAAGGCAAUUCCCUUCACAAUGCUAGUAUGCCACGUGAGCUUGCUUAUGGUGCUGUAGUAACAUUGAAAAACCAGAGGACUGGUGGAGGCUACCUUCAUUCCCAUUGGCACUUGUACCCUCAAGGAGUUGGAGCACGGCAGCAACAGAUCACAACAUAUUCUCACAAGGAUGAAAAUAAUAAGUGGCGAGUAAAGAAAAUUGAUGUUGAACCAGAGAAAAAUGACCCAGUACAGAUUGUGAAGCAUGGUGAUUUAAUUAGAUUAGAACAUAUUAGCACCAUGCGCAAUCUUCAUUCACAUGAUGAAGUCGCACCUAUGUCUCGAAAGCAUUAUCAAGUCACAGGUUAUGGAGAAAAUGGCACUGGUGAUGCAAAUGAUGUCUGGCAGGUUCUAAUUGUUGAUGGGAAAAAGGAUGAAGUGGUCACUACUGUCAGCUCCCGCCUUCGUUUCCUUCAUUUCUUGCAAAAUUGUGUUUUGACUGCUACAGGUGCCCAACUCCCGAAAUGGGCUUAUGAACAGCAGGAAGUUUCAUGCAACCCAAAUUUAAGAGACAAAAAUGCAGUUUGGAAUGUAGAGGACAACAUCUUUCCAAAGUUGCCAAAUGUCAGCUUUGAUGUCUAUGCUCCCAGUUUCUUAGAACGCUUCUUUGAAUCCCACGCAGUGAUGUUGCAGGGAAAUGCUGGACUUAAGCCUAAGGAAGGUGAAGUUACAUCUCGACCAUGGCAAUGGCCUAUCAAUUACAGGGGUCAAUUCUUUUCAGGGCAGCCAUAUCGUAUUUAUUUGCUAGGAAAUCCAAUCAUUUGGUGGGGCAACAUACUUUUCUUACUGUCUUUUCUUCUAGUAUUUAUUUCCAGCAUGAUAUGUGAACAGCGUGGCAUAACCAUUUCUGAUCCCUCCUUCCAAGAAAGGCAACAACGUUUAAAGAACAGUGGUGCUUGGUUGUUUGUUGGGUGGUUCUUGCACUAUGUACCAUUUUGGUUCAUGGGCAGAGUUCUGUAUUUCCAUCACUACUUUCCAGCCCUGUUGUUUAGUUCAAUGAUUACAGGAAUUGUCUUAACAUACAUACUGGACACAAUUCUUUUGUAUGUACCAGAAAGAGUAAAAGCCUCUGUGUUCCACUGGGUAGUUGGUACAAUUUUGGCUUGCACUACCUACAGUUUUAUUCUAUUUUCACCAUUGGCCUAUGGCAUGGCCGGGCCUCUAGCAAACGACCCUAAUAGUACUAUGUAUAGUUUAAAGUGGAUGGAGUCCUGGGAGUUUUAGAGCUGAGACUGAAGGGUUAAAUAUGCCCAAGAAGAACCAUGAUUUAUUUGGUCUUUAUUUUGGAUCUAUUUUUCUGUGUAUUGUAGCUAUAUUUUAUUCAUUUCAUUUCUUAUUACUUUGUAUGUAACCUUUAUGUGCAACAGAAUGUAAAUGAUAUGGAAACAUGAAUCCGUCCAGACCAUAUUGUGAUGUGUUUUAAAGAAUAUAAGGCUGCUCUUUUAACUAUGUAUGUGUUUUAUAUUUAAUUUGAGUAAAUAUUUAUAUAAUAAAACUGUUAUACAAACUUCA